UGUUAAUAAGAAGGGCAUACGACAACAUUCUUCCGAGAGCACAACAAAAUUCAAAGACAAUGAAGAUUGUCAACUCUCAAAUAGGGUAAUCCCAUCCGGCUUCAUUGCUAAAGAUAAAGGAGUUCUUAAAUCUCUUUCCAUACCGUAUUCCUCUAAGCCGGACCAUGUUUCGGGUUCGAAAAGAGGGGUAAGGGACUAG